ACAUCCCUAAUUUCACACGCCAUUUUUACAAUAAAAAGUCAAGUCAAAUUUUCGACAGACGCUUGAGUUGAAAAAGUGCAAAGAGGAAGUUCUCUAAAAAGAACAAAAUUUUCUUAAAGAAGAAAUUAGCUUAUACGUGCAUUAGUUAUGGAUCGUGGCGGUUAUGGUGGCGGUGGCGGUGGUGCCGGACAGUACAAUAAUUUUGCUGUUCCUCCGCCAAAUUACCAACAAAUGCCAAACAAAACUGGUAAUUAUAAUGAGCCCCCUCCAAAUUAUAACAAACCAGGCGGUGGUUAUGAUUCCGGCCAUCGUGGUGGAGGUGGAAGCAGCGGCGGCGGCGGCGGCGGUGGCUCAUGGAAUGAUAGAGGCAAUUCUUAUGGAAAUGGAGGCGCCAGCAAGGACAACUACAACAAAGGAUAUGGCGGCAGUAGCAGCAGCGGUGGAGGAGGCGGCAGCAGUGGCGGUGGCGGUGGUGGAGGCAACGAUAUGAUCACACAAGAAGAUACCAUUUUUGUUUCUGGCAUGGAUCCAUCCACCACAGAGCAGGACAUUGAGACUCACUUCGGUGCCAUUGGCAUUAUAAAGAAGGACAAGCGCACCAUGAAACCAAAGAUUUGGUUGUAUAAGAAUAAGGAAACUGGCACUUCGAAGGGUGAGGCCACCGUCACAUAUGAUGAUGUGAACGCAGCUCAGUCGGCCAUUCAGUGGUUCGAUGGCAACGAUUUCAACGGCGCCAAUAUCAAAGUUUCCCUGGCCCAGCGCCAAAAUAACUGGAACAAAGGCGGUGGCGGCGGCGGACGCGGCGGUGGCUUCGCUGGACGUAAUCGUGGUGGUGGUGGAGGCGGCGGCGGUGGUGGUGGUGGUCGCUUUGAUCGCGGUGGCGGUGGAGGCGGCGGUGGUGAUUUUGACCGUGGAAGCGGCGGCGGCGGUGGUCGCGGUGGUGGUCGCUUUGGCGGCGGCGGUGGUGGUGGUGCAGGUGCCGGUGGCAACGUGCAACCCCGUGAUGGAGAUUGGAAAUGCAGCAGCUGCAACAACACAAACUUUGCUUGGCGCAAUGAGUGCAAUCGUUGCAAGACACCAAAGGGUGAUGAAGACGGCAACUCUGGAAACAGUGGUUACGGCGGCGGUGGUGGCGGCGGUGGCGGAGGCUAUGGCGGCAUGAAUGAUCGUGGCAAUGAUCGCGGCUCCGGCGGUGGCUACCAAAAUAGAGAUCGUAGCGGUGGCGGUGGCGGUGGAGGUGGCGGUUAUUCACGUUAUGGCAAUGAUAAUGGCGGCGGUGGCGGUGGACGUGGUCGUGGCGGUGGCGGCGGCGGCGGUGGUGGCCGUCGUGACGGUGGCGCUAUGCGCAAUGAUGGCGGCAUGCGUUCCAGACCAUAUUAAAGUGGGCAUGCCAUCAAAACUAUUUUUUCUAACUUACGUAUUAAUUAUACUACAUAGCAAGUACUCACUUUUAAAUGUACUUUUAUAUUACACCCUCCACCAGUCAAAACAAACACCCAAAAUGCAUUCAAUCAUGCAUUCGAGUCAUUAUCUAUUGAUUUUACGAUCCACUAAUACAAAAGAAAAACAACAACA